AUGUUUACUUGUAAGAGAUUACUUUGGGUGAUUAAAGAUAAAGGGGAAUCUUGGACUGAUGAAUAUUUUCGUGAUAUAAUUUUAACUCAAAAUGUAAUGCCUUUUUUAAAUAAUGAAGAAAAUGUUAUUGAUCCUGAUGAAGUUACAUUUGUUCAUGAUAAGGCACCAUGUAUGCGAGCAAAUAAAACUCAAUAUUUUCUUCAAGGCAACAAUGUUAAGUUUUGGGAUAAUGGUAUCUGGCCAGGAAAUUCACCUGAUCUCAAUGUGGCGAAACGUAUUGGAUCAAUAAACAAAGAUGAAGUUGAGAAAAAAAUGUUAUCAGAAACUGGGCAUAAUCGGUAUCUUGAAGACAUACUCAAAAUGCACAUUACAAAUGUUUUGACCCAUAUGGAAACAGAUACAGACUUAUUUGAAACACUUUUACGUUCGUAUCCAUUACGCCUUCGUGUAGUGAAGAAUGCUAACGGUCGUCACACUCAUUAUUGA